CGCGUCGGGCGGAUGCAAAAACUGCACAAAGCAGAAUGAUCACGCGCAGAUGGUACGAAUUCUCUGCGUGGCGGAAAAGCCGUCGAUAGCGAAAGCUGUAGCAAAUCACCUGGGCGGCGGAAGAGUGCCUGCGCAAAAUGUUCGAGGAAACCCGUACUUGAAAAACUACGUCUUCGACUACACGUUCGGACCGCCGUGGGGCCAGAGCAGCGUCACCUUUACAAGCGUUGCCGGCCAUUUGGUCAGCCAGGACUUCCCGGCCCGGUACAAGCAGUGGUCCGCGUUUGACCCCUUGGAGUUGUUCGAGGCACCGAUAGAGAAGUCGAUCGCAGACGAUAAGAAGGUCAUAGCAGACAACAUCAAGCGUCAUGCGAGGACCGCGGACGUCUUGUUCAUCUGGACCGACUGCGACCGCGAGGGCGAGAACAUAGGCGCCGAGAUUCGAGACGUGGCCUUCGAAGCCAACCGACGAUUGCAGGUCAAACGGGCACAUUUCAGCAACAUUGAAAGAGCGUAAGACGCAAGACUCUUUGCCAUGGGAUCGUACGCUGAUGUUUUUCUCUCACCCCCCCAAAAGUCAUGUGGUUCAUGCCGCCCAACAUCCGGUCGACUUGGAUGAGAAGCAGGCAAAUGCUGUUGCUGCCCGCAUCGAGAUUGACCUCCGCAUCGGUGCAGCCUUCACCAGAUGUCUGACUUUGAACCUCAAGCAGAUGAUUCAGCCAGUACAGGAGCUCAAGGUGAUCAGCUAUGGUGGGUCUUAGACUCUCGCUACGACGAUGUCGUGGACUGAUCUCGCCAGGCUCGUGCCAGUUCCCAACUUUGGGCUUCGUAGUCGAUCGCUAUUUUCGCGUUCGCAAUUUUGUCCCCGAGCCAUUCUGGAGCAUCAAAGUCAGUCAUCAAAAGGAUGGUGUGAGGGUCAACUUCAACUGGCGGCGCGUCCAUCUCUUCGAUCGCAUGAUGACCACGAUCCUGUAUGAGAGAUGCCUGCAAUCAAAGACGGCAAAGGUCGUCAGGAUGCAAAAGCGUCCGACCAGCAAAUGGCGUCCCUUGCCGCUGACAACCGUCGAACUACAGAAGAUGGGCUCCCGCUUCCUACGCAUGGACAGUCAACGCGUCAUGAAGAUUGCUGAAGACCUAUAUACGAAAGGGUUUAUUAGCUAUCCUAGAACGGAGACGGAUCAGUUCGAUCGUGGAAUGAACCUCAAAGCACUGGUGCAGAAGCAGGAACAAGAUAGCAGAUGGGGUACAUUUGCCACUAAUCUUUCAAACGGUGGCUUCCAGUGGCCUAGAGAAGGACGUAACAAUGACCGUGCUCAUCCACCAAUUCAUCCGGUCGUUCACGCCGCAGACAGCGUGCUCAAUGUGGACGAACGUAAGGUGUAUGAGUUUGUGGUGCGACGUUUCCUAGCAUGCUGCUCGGAAGAUGCGAAAGGCGAGAUGACUACCGUUGAGAUCCUGUACGGCGCCGAGUUUUUCCACGCGAACGGGUUGAUGGUCAUACAGCGCAACUACCUAGAUGUAUACCCGUAUGACAAAUGGGAGAGCAGCAAGCAGUUGCCCGUCUUCACCGACGGCGAGACAUUUGUGCCCACAGAGGCGAAGAUGACGGAAGGAAAGACGCGCCCUCCAAACUAUUUAACCGAGCCUGAAUUAAUCGCUCUGAUGGAUGCUAAUGGGAUCGGCACGGACGCGACAAUGGCCGAACACAUUGCAAAGAUCAAAGAGAGAGAAUACGUCCAAACUCGCCCCCGUUCGGGAGCUGCGUUGAAUCACGACGAUGGCGACGACGAAGACGACGAAGAUCGGCCCGCAGCAGCGACCCGACCAAGUCGAGCAGGGCGUGGCGCGGGGGGAAGUUCGGUUCAGGAAUUUAUUCCAACGACACUAGGCGUAGCACUCAUUCAAGGCUACGAAAAUCUGAACUUCGAUACCAGCCUUAGCAAGCCGUUUCUCAGAAAAGAGAUGGAGCUGCAGAUGAAAGCAAUCUGCGACGGCACGACGGACUGGCGCGACGUGGUCAACCGCAACUUGGAGCAGUACCGAAUGGUAUACGUUCGCACCGUUCAACAGAUGAGCGUUAUCAAGUCGGCAGUCCGCACGUAUAUCCUGCAGCCCAACGGACGAUGAGAUUGGAACGCAAGACAAAGCGAGUCGGCGACGUAGGCAUCGAGAAGGUUUUUUUUUUGUUAUUUUCAUGAUCAUGAACAUUUCCGUGCAUUCGUGGUGAGGAUGCGCGUUUCACCCCGCGUGCGCCUGUCCAGAGGCACGAUAAAGCAGGUGCAAAGGUGAACGUAGGCAAGGCAAGAGCGAUGCUAUGGCUGAGACAGCGCCGUCUCUGUAGGCUUAGGCGAGCGUUUCCGGAUGCGGAAGAGAGGCCAAGUCUCUUCGAAGCAGGUGAUGAACGGGGACAGACAGCGGCGUAGUAGUAGUAGAGGAAUUCGAAACGUCAGCUGGACAAGCUUGCCGAAUCUUCUCGCGUACCAAAACGCCAUGUGCGGGAGGUGUCAUGGGGCGAUGAUUGUGUGUGGUACGCGGGCUCAGUGCGCAGGUGAGAUGGUAGGGCUCCGCGAUCGGGGACCGCGAUAUGGCGCAAGCGGGGAGACGAGGUUGAUGCGAGAAAUCCCGCGCCAACGCUGGUUUGCACGCUCGUGGUUCGUGGGCUGCUGGUGAUAGGCCCGGCGUGGAGAUUAUUGGCAGACGGCGGAAGAUAAGGACACGAGCGCAAGCACUGGUCCGGCUUCGCGCAUCGUCAGCAGUGACGCUACGGAAAGCGUUGUGCAGCAACGUAUCACGCCAGCAUGGUCUUUCCGGAGCCAGCAGCCGAGCAUCAGGCCAUCAGAUCAAAGGGCCGUACAAAAGCGUCAAGAGAGAACCUCAUGGCACCGCCCGGUCGGGGUGACGAAGCUGUGACGAGGAGGGUGUCUUGAAUCACGGACACGACGAUGACGAUGACGAGCGGCAGGCGGACAUGUCGCGAGUGAGCAUGUGGCGAUGGGAAUGGACAAAACAGUCGAGUGAAUACUGUCGUUAUUAUCGUUAUCUCUGUUCCGGUUCAAGGCGUGCGCAUCUGGGCCCGUCGUCACUUGGAGGACGCAGCGGGGGGAUGGCCUGGAGCAGCCAUGCGCCAGCCCAACAGCCAGGUGGUCCACAGUGGGCAGCGACAGUGGCGGCCAGCAGCAAGAGGCAUGACGGCGACGCACACGCUUGCGUGAUGGCAAUUUUGGUUCGACAGGACAGGUUGGGAGUUACAGAGAGUGGACACAGCAGAGUGCAGUUGCGCCCGGUCUCCAGCAUGCUUGGGUCAAGGCCACCGCUGGAUCGGGGCUGCCAUGCCCACUAACCUUUGGGCGAACGGAGCAGCUCACAGCCGUCCUGUUCUUGUCUGUCAACACGACAAGACAAUCGACUGCGACGGUGCGACUGUCAAAGUCCGCCGCACCAUGGAAGCCAGCGAGAAAAGCACCUUGGCCGCAUUAUUCUUAUUGUGCCACGAUCCACAGCGCACAGGAUGUACGUGCACUCUUGAAAUGUGCUGUUGAGCGCGCUGCCGGAUCUACGUCAUCGCGCGCUUCUCGUGCCGGAAGCAACCUCGAUCCGGGCGAGACAGGCAGCGCAGCCGUGGCUUUUCGUUUGUGUUGGGCUGAGUCUCUUCUACGGGUCUUUUUUUCUUGCGUGAGCCAGCGAGUGCACGAGUACGUGAGCGUGCGUGUGUGUGAGUGCGAGAGAGUGAGUGGACGAGCGUGAGUGCGUGCAGCAACUACGAUGGCGGGCCCCGUCAUACGCCGACCGCCCAGCGCUGCACACCCGGACCCCCCUAACCUGGCCCUCCGCCCAGGCACU